AUGGCCCAUCAAGCUCACGCGUACCACAUAGUAGACCCUAGCCCUUGGCCCCUCACAGGAGCUAUCGCUGCCCUCCUAAUAACAUCCGGCCUCGCAGUCUGAUUUCACUUCCACUCCACAACACUUAUAACCCUGGGAACAAUCUUGCUUCUCUUAACAAUAUUCCAAUGAUGGCGAGACAUUGUCCGAGAAGGCACUUUUCAAGGCCACCACACACCCCCGGUUCAAAAAGGCCUUCGAUACGGAAUAAUUUUAUUUAUUACUUCAGAAGUCUUCUUUUUUCUAGGCUUCUUCUGAGCCUUUUACCACUCAAGUCUUGCCCCCACUCCAGAACUGGGGGGCUGCUGACCCCCGACAGGUCUGAUUACCCUUGACCCAUUUGAAGUCCCCCUGCUAAAUACAGCAGUACUUCUCGCUUCAGGUGUUACAGUCACUUGGGCCCACCAUAGCAUUAUAGAAGGCGAGCGGAAACAAGCAAUUCAAUCCCUAACUCUUACCAUCAUUUUAGGGUUCUACUUCACUUUUCUUCAAGCAAUAGAAUACUACGAAGCACCCUUUACAAUUGCAGACGGAGUUUACGGCUCCACCUUCUUUGUAGCCACAGGCUUUCACGGCUUACAUGUAAUUAUUGGCUCAACAUUUUUAGCCGUCUGUUUAUUACGUCAAAUUCAAUUUCACUUCACCUCCGAGCACCACUUCGGGUUUGAAGCAGCCGCUUGAUACUGACAUUUUGUAGAUGUAGUAUGAUUAUUCCUCUACAUCUCAAUCUACUGAUGAGGAUCAUA